AACUGACGAGUUUUGUAUACCUUUUGAUAAUAUUAAAACAUCUCGGAAGAAUUUAGAUCGGAAUGACGUCAAGGAUUGCCUUUAUUUCAAGGAUCACAAUAUUCUGUUUGAGUCUUGCAAUGCUGUUUUGCUCAAUCGGACUAGAUAUCUGGGGUUCUCUGAUGGAGGAUAAAUCGUAUGAACGUGAUCUCAAAGAUGUAGUUUUCAAUUACAAUUCAUCUCAACCUUUGGCAGAUGAUAAAUUCGACAUGAGAUCUUGGAUUUAUUCAGUCUACUGGAGCAUUUACGGGCUUUGCAUUAUAGCCGGUCCCCUGUCCAUAAUUGGAUUAAUUGGAGCAAUUAGCCAAAAGAAGCCUGUACUAGCCACAUGUCUAGUUCUAAUAGUCAUAUUCUUUAUAAUGGAGCUCGGUGGAAGUAUUGCUCUUUGGUCGAAGCGUGGAAGUCUUCGGAGUCUUCUUUAUCGUUUUGCAAAUGAUAUUUAUUUGACAAACUCUGUUUUUGAUAUUUCCAUAAUUCAAAACACGUAUAAUUGCUGUGGAGUUCAAGAUGGGCAAUGGAAAUGUCCAAAUGCUCCUUCAUGUGAUAUUGCUCUAUUCAAUAGUGUUGAUAAUACAAUGAUGAUUUCUGGAAUUAUCUUGAUUCCCGUACUGUUACUUCAAAUUGUCAUCAUUGGUGCUGCCGUCUUGGUUUUAGUAUUUGAACCCAGAAAUGUGCUGAGGAAGAUAGAAGCACAACAUGAGAAUCCUGCAUGGGAAUCUUCGGAAUAAAAAAUUCUCAUUAAUGGCCCUGUACGUAGCAGUAUUAAAAAAUGUUUUGGAUAAAA